UGUUUCUUUUAAAAACACAACAUAAGCUACAAGCUGAAUUUAUCUCUAGCUUAUAAUGAUCAAUAUAACCCCUUCACCUUCGGUUGUCGUCUGUUGGUCUAAUUGUCGAUAAGAAACCUUGCCAAAGUUAAUUAUAGUUUGUUUUCCGACUGAAAGGGUUGAUAGAGUGCGAAUUAUAGAAACUGGUCUGAUGCAGAUAGAGUUUACACUUCGUUUUCUAUCAGUUUGUUCGAGGCGAAGGAUUCAAACAGCCUGCGGAAUACAUAGACAUUUAGUGUUGUUAAGAUGCCAGUCACAACAUCCAAAGGAGACUUUGGCCCAAGAGAGGUAGAACUAUCUAAUGGUGUUAAAAUACCUACGCUUGGAUUAGGUACUUCUCAUAGUGGAGGUUAUUCACAAGAAGCAGUUGUAUAUGCACUGAAAGUCUGCAAUUAUAGAUUGAUAGACACUGCAAAACGCUAUGGUUGUGAAGAGUUUUUGCAAGCUGCAAUUCACUUGAGUGGUGUUCCACGUGAAGAUAUAUUUCUAACAACAAAAUUAUGGUGUACUGAUUACGGAGCAUCCACAACACGAAAAGCAUUUUAUGGAUCGCUAAAACGACUUGGAGUUGAUUAUUUAGAUUUAUAUAUGAUGCAUUGGCCAUUGUGUGUCUCAUCUUGUCCUAAUAAGAAACAAACUCUGGAAGAAACCUGGAGGGAAUUGGAACUUCUUUAUGAUGAAGGUCUUAGUCGCUGUAUUGGAGUUAGCAACUAUGGUAUUGAAGAUCUGGAAUCUUUAUUGGAUACAGCAAGCAUUGCACCACAAGUAAAUCAGGUGGAAUUCAAUCCAUUUCAAAAUCCAUCAGAAUUAAAGGAGUUUUGUGUGGAAAAUAAAAUACAAGUUGAGGGAUAUUGUCCUCUAGGAAAGGGAAAACUUUUAGGUGAAAAAGCUGUACUUCAAGUAGCUAGAAGGUGCGGACGAACUCCAGCUCAAAUUUUAAUAAGAUGGUCCAUUCAGAAUGAAGUUAUAGCUAUUCCAAAAUCUACCCAAAUUGAAAGAGUGAAAGAAAAUUGUAAGAUUUUUGAUUUUCAUCUACAAGAAAAUGAAAUGAGUAUUCUGAAUGAUUUGCAUGAUGGUAGACGAAGUGUAGAUAUUUGUAAUAUUCAAAAGAGUAUUGAUAGUCUGUUGCCUGAUGGUUAUAAAUUGACAUUAAAAAAAUGAAUUCACGAUAUUUCUCUAUUUAUCUGUAUAUUAGUGAGAGAGUAAUGUGAAGAUUAUCUGGAAGCAUACACUGUAGUUGUUGUUGUACUCAAGAAGGGUGAGGUGAUUCGAAACCUAUUUGCAUGGUGUUUUUGUUGUUCGAAAAAUGCUGGAACGUGUCCAGAUGACCAAACUAUCUUAAUUCUAAAGUAUUCAUUGAAUAUAACUGAUGUUCUCAUGAAAGAUUUGGUUGUUAACAACAGUCAUGCCAAAACAAUUAUAGAAUCUAAGUCAUUGGUUUGUUUUCUAAGUUUUUUCUAUCCUGUUUCCCUCUCCAAAAUAAAGCACUGCUGAAAUUUUUGUUUAACUAUAGGCUUUAUUGUUAUUUUUAUUCCUACUCUUAUGAUAAUGCAAAAAUAUCCUGCUUUAUAGUUUACUAUUAUUAUUCUGUGUACCAAUAAAAGAUCAAGCAAUUUUUCAAUCUAUUUUUAAAUUAAUAGUUAAAAAUUUGUGAGUUUUCCUUUUAUGGUGUUUCAAGUAAAACUAUAAUUGAUUCAAUAUACCUUGGAUAACUAAAAGUGACUAAAUCUCUUUUCUCAGGCAUAGGGUGAUUAAAAACAGAUUUCCUGGCAAUUUUGCAUUAAAAUCUGUAUACUAUUCUAUCUUAAUUAGAUCUUAAGAUAAAAAUUUUAACUAUUAAUUUUUAAAAAAAAGUAGGGUACAUUCAUUAAAAUUUUGAAUUUUUUUAAAUGCACAAUAAAAGCAAGGUAUAUAUUUUUUAAUAGUCUGUUAAAAAUUAAUGAAAACUAUAUGCUAGACUGCCUCAUUAUUUGUAGAAACUUGUCUCUCAUUCUUGCUUAUUUGAACUUUAAAUACAAUAGUUAGUAGCAAUACUAACAACUUUAAAUGCAGUAGUUUAAAUGAGAAAUAAUUUAAAAUAUUGAUUUUCAUAAUUGUAUAGUUUAUUUUUUUUACAAAAAAAAUAGGGUGUUAAAAACUUUUGACACAUCAGUUUACUACUUUAACUAUCUAGUAAGAGAGAUAAGUGAUGUUUGUGUGUGAUAAUUCGUAAGAAUUUCAAAUGUAUAAGAAUUUCAUUUCAUUCAUUUAUAGUUUAAGAAGCAUUAUUAUAUUUUUAAUAAAAUACAGCACUACCUAUCAUUUUUUCCAUAUAUGUAAGGAAAUAUAGUAUACCAAUUUGAUUGAAAUAAAAAAGUUACUUAGUUUCCCUUAAUUUAUUAAAAGUAGAUUAGGUUUUAUAUGCCGUUUUAAUGUAAAGACUUAUUCCUCUACUGAUCCUGCAUUUUCUCUUAUUUCUCUAUUUUUCCUAAUAAUUGAUAUAGAAAAAUCUAGAAUAUUCAUGUUUUAUAUGUAAGAUAUAUUGAUAUAUAUCUUACGUCAUUAUAUGUUAUUAUUACAUAUAUUAUAUGUAAGAUAUAUGUUAGCAAGCUGUUAAAAUGUAUUAAGUAAUUUUUGUUAUAUGCAUAAAUUAUUAUUGUUAUAAUUAUAAAUCAUGUAUAAAAAUAUUUGAUUCUCUAAUUUUAAAGUAAUAUCCAUAUAAAUUUGUUGUCCACUCUACGGAUGAAUUGUGAACUGUUACAGAUAUUCAUGUUAUAUACUUUUAGUUAAAAAUGUGUGUAUCUAUAUUGAGUUUUCUAUAUUAGUAAUCAGUAGUAUUAGGAAUAUUUAUUUUAACCAAAUACUCAUGUGAAUUUAUUGAGGUCUGUGAUUACAAUACCAAAUAUUUAAAGUAUUUUUGUUAUAUCAUUUUGGUUUAAAGGUAUUAGAAUCCAUUAAAGUACUAUUAGAAAUAUCAAUCAUGUAAGAAAAGAAAUUAAUUUUAAUUUGAUAUUAUUUUGGUUUAAGAUAUAUAUGUAUCUAAUCACCUAUAUCAAUGAUUGUUUUUAUAUUUGUAAGUGUAUCGAAAAAUUAAUUUUAAGCAAUAUUAGAAAUACUGAUGAUUUUGAGCAAAUACUUUAAAUUGCAAAUACUCGUUGAAUUUAUAGUUAAAUAUAUAUCUGGUGCAGAUAUUUUAAAUAUUUUGUGAUAUUAUUUAGUUUAAAUAUAUAUUUACAUAUUUAAAUCAAUUAUUGUAUUUAAUAUUAUAAAUAUAUUUUAAAAAACCAAUAAGUUUAAAAAGCAUAUAUGCAUUUAUUAUUUCUUAUAUUAUCAUUCAACGAGUAUUCAAUGACUAAAAUCAAUUAUCAUUUUUAAAAUGAUUUAACUUUAUUUUAAGCAUAAAUAAGAUUCCUACCAUUUUAAACAAUUCUCGCUUAGAGAGGCGUGAAUUUUCUUUACAAAAUAUUGGUAAUGUUUCAGUUAAGUCUUUUUAGUUAAUUUCCGUUAUCUUAUUAGUUAUUAUUUUUAUAACUAUGAACUAAUUAUAUAGAGCAUUAAAAACAUCAAUCAUUCUAAAUUACUAUCACUUUAAUAAGUGGGCGGAUUUAACAAAAUACUGUAAUUGCACAAUUUGGUUAUGUAUUACCCAGUCAUUUAUAUCAUUCAGUUUUAUAAUUUUAAAGAGUAUUCGAAACAAUAAUAUUUUAAAUAAUACUCAUAAAAAUAAAAAAUACUCAUGGAUUUAUUUUAAAGAAUACUCAUAGACUUAUUGUUCAGUGUGUGAAUGGCGUGUUAAAGUAUGCAAAAUACUUAAGUUAUAUUUUUUUAAUUUUACGAAAAUACAUUUGUCAUGAAGUAGCACUUUUUGAUGAGAAUCUUAAUGCAUUCUACGAGGAAGUUAAAAUUUUUCACUGAUUUGUAUGAUAUAGUAAGUAAAAUAAAAUAAAACAGACUUUUUUUUUUACUA